AGAUGCGUCCUCGCGCAUGGCGGAAGUGGCUGUGCGUGUGACGCCGGCGGCGGGGGGGGCGGGACCUGGGACCGAGAGCGGUUCGCGCGCUUCGGGCCUAGUCCGGACUCGCCGCCGCCGCCGCCAUAUUCCCGGUAACGGGGGCGCGCGGCCGGGGGCCGGCUGGGCCGGAAGAGGGCUCGGGGACGGCGCCGAGGCGGGGAGGGGUGGCAUCUUUCUUACCUUGUGCGUUCUCCGGGCUCGAGAUCUUUCUUCCGGAACCAUGUCAGAAGGAGUGGAUUUAAUUGAUAUAUACGCUGACGAGGAAUUCAAUCAGGACCCAGAGUUCAACAAUACAGAUCAGAUUGACCUGUAUGAUGACGUGUUGACAGCCACCUCACAGCCCUCAGAUGACAGAAGCAGCAGCACUGAGCCACCUCCUCCUGUUCGCCAGGAGCCGUCUCCCAAGCCCAAUAACAAGACCCCUGCGAUUCUGUACACCUACAGUGGCCUGCGUAAUAGGCGAGCUGCUGUCUAUGUGGGCAGUUUCUCCUGGUGGACCACAGACCAGCAGCUGAUCCAGGUUAUUCGCUCUAUAGGAGUCUAUGAUGUGGUGGAGUUGAAAUUUGCAGAGAAUCGAGCAAAUGGCCAGUCCAAAGGGUAUGCUGAGGUGGUGGUAGCCUCUGAAAACUCUGUCCACAAAUUGUUGGAACUUCUGCCAGGAAAAGUUCUUAAUGGAGAAAAAGUGGACGUGAGGCCGGCCACCCGGCAGAACCUGUCACAGUUUGAGGCACAGGCUCGGAAACGUGAGUGCGUCCGAGUCCCAAGAGGGGGAAUACCUCCUCGGGCCCACUCCCGAGAUUCCAGUGAUUCUGCUGAUGGACGGGCCACACCCUCUGAGAACCUUGUACCCUCAUCUGCCCGUGUGGAUAAGCCCCCCAGUGUGCUGCCCUACUUCAAUCGCCCUCCUUCAGCCCUUCCCCUGAUGGGUCUGCCCCCACCCCCAAUUCCACCCCCACCACCUCUCUCCUCAAGUUUUGGGGUCCCUCCUCCUCCUCCUGGCAUCCACUACCAGCAUCUCAUGCCCCCUCCUCCUCGAUUACCUCCUCAUCUGGCUGUACCUCCCCCCGGGGCCAUCCCGCCUGCCCUUCACCUCAAUCCAGCCUUCUUCCCCCCACCAAAUGCCACAGUGGGGCCUCCACCAGAUACUUACAUGAAGGCCUCGACACCCUAUAACCACCAUGGCAGCCGAGAUUCGGGCCCUCCGCCCUCUACAGUGAGUGAAGCAGAAUUUGAAGAGAUCAUGAAGCGAAACAGAGCAAUUUCCAGCAGUGCCAUUUCCAAAGCGGUAUCUGGAGCCAGUGCAGGGGAUUACAGUGACGCGAUUGAGACGCUGCUCACAGCCAUUGCUGUUAUCAAACAGUCCCGGGUCGCCAAUGAUGAGCGUUGCCGUGUCCUCAUCUCCUCUCUUAAGGACUGUCUUCAUGGCAUUGAAGCCAAGUCUUACAGUGUGGGUGCCAGCGGGAGCUCAUCCAGGAAAAGACAUCGGUCCCGAGAGAGGUCACCCAGCCGGUCCCGGGAAAGCAGCAGGAGGCACCGGGACCUGCUUCAUAACGAAGAUCGGCAUGACGAUUAUUUCCAAGAAAGGAACCGAGAGCACGAGCGACACCGGGAUAGAGAACGGGACCGGCACCACUGAGCAAGGUGGGGUGAGGCUCCGUCGCUGGCCGGUGCAAGAGUCUGGUUGGAAGCAAAUGUUUUUUUAAUGGACUUGCAUCUCCUCACCUUGAUCAGGACUAAAGGACGGAGGCCGCUCCACCCCUUCCCCUUCCUCCAAGCCCCUAACCCCCUCCAGACCCCCAGGGAAUACCCUCUGCCCUACAGGAUUGAAGACUGCCUGGCAGCCCUCCCAGUCCCACUCCUGUUUGCCAGGGUAAAGAACUUAAAGAUUUCAUCUGGUUGGGAGGGUGGCACACAGGAGGAAACCCUGUCCAGGUCCCUGGUCUCCAUAGAGAACGGUGCUUUGUCCAAGGAAACAUAAGAGUUUCUGAUUCUCCAGGAGGAGUUCAGUGUGAGGUUGAUGGGAAGACAUCCUUCCCAAAGAAAACGGAUCCUCCUGUGGGAUCCGUAGGAGAGUGACCAGGUGUGCCAAAAUAUGCCCAGGGUCCUGCCCUCAGCACUAUGUUUUGAUGGGGCCAAGAGGGUCCAAACCCCUUGCUAACAUACCACUUCUUUGUUGAACUCCUUUACCUCCCCAGCCCUUUGUGGAGGGACCAUGAGAACAGAAAUUACCUUGUGGAAAGCUGCUCCUGUCUUGCUUUCCCCCUUACGUAUUGACGGUUUGUUUCCCUGGCCUCCCAGAGGGCUGCACCCUUUUAACUCCCUGCUGCCCAGCCUCCUCAGUGGACUUGCCUCUCCUAAGCAGAGAAGGCCCGUGAGGUUGCUUUCCGCUGGGGAGCCUGGCAGAGCCAAUUGCCACCCUCUACUGCUUCUUGCUUGGUUGCCUCUUGCAAUAACCAGCUCCACUAGGUGUUCCCUUUCCCUGGGGCUUCUCCAUUUCACAUGUGGAGCCCUUCCCCCAAGAAGGCUGCUUCCUUGUUUUAGAGGAAGGUACUGCCAUUGGGAGUUGGGGAUAUCGGACCUCAGCAGUGAAGAACGCUUGUGAAGUACUAGGAGUGGGGAAGGAGGCAAGUUGGGCAGGAUAUGGCCUACUUCCAUAGGCUUUUCUUUUUUCAGGUUUGAUGUGAGCAUGGGCUUGCAUCCUCCAGGUACAUACUUUUACUUAUUGUGGGAUAACCUGGCACUAGUAGGUAAAGUCACAAAUUUGGUAUUUUUCCAGCUUUUGACUAUUGACUUAAUAGCUCCCCUCGCUCUGCCUGGAGGUACUUGCUGCCUCUGAUAAGGAGCAAGGAAGAAGUGGAGCCUGACUUGAAUGAGCUCAGCUCAGAGUUCUAAGGACCACCACUCUGGGGGUCAUUUUCUACACAGGCAAAUGGAAUUGCUUUUCCCAUGACAUCCAAAUUGUGAUGUGGUUGCUGCUGGAGGAAGCGGCAGCAACAGGGUCCUGCAGUACCCAUGGGGCGACGGAUGCUACUUCUGCAUGCAUCUCUAGGGCAUAUGACAUCUAACAUGAGACGUGGCAUGUGAGUUGUAGGGUCACCAGAGACCCUUCUGGCUCAGAGGGGAGACUGAGUUGGAUUGAACCCUCCCUCUGUUCCCUGCACGUUUCUGACACAGCCCUCAGCGCGGCACUGAGGGAGCCCCCUCCCCAGGGUUGGAGAGGCACAUUCCCUUGGGACAGAGGCUACAGGUUUGUAACUCUUUUUCCCCUGUCGCCCAACCCCAUCCCCACCUCCACUUCAGAAUAUGGCACCCCGCCCAGCCGGCCAAGUGUUCAGUGAUGUGCUUAUCAACAAGAGCAGCUCCGGGUGUCUUUUUAAUGUAGAAAAAACCAAGUACGGUGACAGUUUAAGGAGAAAAAAGAUAUAUAGAAUACCGGAAAAGCCGUUUACCCGGAGAAUUUUUUUUCUCCCCAUUUUUGUUUUGUUUUUACUCAAUGACACAUUUUUUAGUUUUAUUUCCUGAUAGCAAAAGGAAAAAAAAACCCAAUCCUCCAAAAGGUCAAGGCCCCGUCCCCCUGUUGUCGGUGAUUUGUUUGUCUUUCUGAUAGGUUGAAAAUUGUGUAAUAAACUUGAUGACGCUGUCAAUCUUUUA